AUGAAAACCCGCUCUAGCAACGAUUUACCGAACGAUAUUACUGCACUGAAACAGCUCGUUUUAGCGCAGGGUAGCCAGCUAUUAGAACAUCAGCAGGGGCAGGCAGUCUAUCAGAAAGCACUCAGUGAGAAGCAAGCACGGAUUCAAUUCCUAGAAGAACAAAUCAUCCUGUUCAAGCACCGCCAGUUUGGUCACAGCAGCGAGAAGAAUACGCAGCAAGUUGAACUGUUUGAUGAAGCGGAAGUUGAAGUAAGUUUGUCUGCGCCAGACGUCGCGCAAGCGGUCGAGCCCGGUCAAGCGCCCGCCACUAAGAAAGCCAAAUCAGGCCGCAAACCACUGCCACAAAAUUUACCCCGGGUGCGUGUUGAGCAUGACGUAGUGGACUCUGACAAAGUAUGUGCUUGCGGCUGCCAAAAGAGCUGCAUCGGCGAAGAAACCAGCGAGCAACUUGAUAUUAUUCCAGCAGUGAUACAGGUGUUGGUACAUGCGCGCCUGAAAUAUGCGUGUAAGGACUGCGAGUCGGGUAUCACGAUCGCGGCGUUACCGCCACAGCCAAUUCCCAAGAGUAAUGCCAGUGCUGGGUUACUUGCGCACAUCGCCACCGCCAAAUAUCAAGACGGGUUGCCGUUGUAUCGGAUGGAGGCGAUCUUUAAGCGCUUGAACAUCCAUCUGCCGCGCAAUACUCAAGCAAAUUGGAUGAUCAAGGGCGCCCAAUUGCUCCAACCGUUGUAUAACUUACUCAACGAUCACUUGCUUGACAGUGGUUAUGUGCACAUGGACGAGACGCGAGUACAGGUUUUAAAAGAACCUGAUAAAUUAGCGCGAAGCCUAAGCUACAUGUGGGUCCGGCGCACCGGUGAUCCGAAUCUGGGCGACCCACGUCAAACCGUCGUGUUAUUCGAUUAUCGCGCGAGCCGGUCGGCCAGCGUGGUGGAUGAGCUAUUGGGUGACUAUCAGGGCUAUCUGCAAACCGAUGAUUACGUGGGCUAUCACAAAACCGGGCUACGCGAAGGCAUAACCCACCUUGGGUGUAUGGCGCACGCACGGCGCAAGUUCAUUGAGGCCCAGAAAGUCGCGCCGAGCGCGAAGGGUAAGGUGAGCAAAGCCGAUAUGGCAGUCUCGUUAAUCAAAGGACUGUAUCAAAUCGAAUCAGUGAUAAAAGAUGAGAAUCCUAACCAGCGGAUGCUAGUUCGACAAGAGAAAAGCGUUCCCCAAUUAGCCAAGCUAAGGAAGUGGCUGGAUAAAUCACUUAUCCAUACGCCGCCCAAGAGUAAAGCAGGGGCAGCAAUGGCCUACCUGCAUAAAAACUGGGCGAAGUUGGCGGCCUAUACCAAAGAUGGCCGAUUGAAUAUCGACAACAACCCCGUCGAAAACGCCAUACGCCCGUUCGCGAUCGGCAGAAAAAAUUGGAUGUUCAGCAACAGCCAGGAGGGUGCAAAGGCGAGCGCGAUGCUUUAUAGCAUCAUCGAGACCGCUAAAGCGAAUGGGCUGGAGCCCUACGCGUAUUUAAAGUUACUGUUCACAAAGCUGCCCAGCUGUGAAACAGUAGAAGAUGUUGAGGAAUUACUACCGUGGAACGCCCUCAAACUUAGCACCCAGUAA